GAGUUUCAUUUGUCUCCGGGCUCUCCUGAGGACAUUUCCGCCCAUGUGCCCUGGCCACCAUUAUCUCCUCUCCAGAUUCAGGAUCUCUUAGUUGGCCUCUGAGGGUGUGAGAGCAAUUUUGGAGGGCAGAAUUUGGAGGAAUUUAAAAGAACACACUCUUCCUUCUGGAACAAGUGUGCCUCAAGGGUCCAAUCUGAUUGAAGGUCCAGUAAAAUUGGAUGUUCCUCCUCUGAUGAUCCAACUUCCUUGCCAGAAACAGAACCAACUUUGAAUCUGGAAUUUAGAACAGAUACCUGAGGAGAAGAGUCAGGAGUCAGGACAGACAGACCCAGGGUCACAGCAACAAUGGCUUCAUCAGUCCUGCUGAUGAUCAAGGAGGAGGUGACCUGUCCUGUCUGUCUGGACCUGAUGGUAGAACCUGUGAGUGCAGAUUGUGGUCACAGCUUCUGCAGAGCCUGCAUCACACUGAACUAUGAGUCCAGCAAGGGUAAAGAAGGGGAGGGCAUCUGUCCUGUGUGCCGAGUUAGUUUCCGAUUUGGGAAUCUGAGACCUAAUCGACAUGUGGCCAACAUAGUGGAAGAGGUGAAGAGGUUCAAGUGCUGCCCAGAGGAGAAGCAGAAGGUUUUUUACUGUCCAUGGCAUGGAGAGAAACUCCAGCUCUUCUGUGAGAAUGACAUGGUGGCCAUCUGCAACCUUUGUGAGAGAUCUCAGGAUCACCGUGGUCACCAAACAGCUCUUAUUGAAGAGGUGGCCCAUGAGUACAAGGAGAAGCUCCAGGCUGCUAUGGAGAUGCAGAUGGAAAAUAACAAAAGAUGUGAUGAAUGGGAAGUUGGCCUGCAAAAGGAGAGAACUUUCUGGGAGAACCAAAUGCAGAGUGAUGUACAAAAUGUUCAGAUGGAGUUUAAAGGACUGCGGAAUUUCCUGGAUUCUAAGGAGAAGAGUGAGCUACAGAAACUGAAGCAAAAGUGGUGUGACAUUACAGACAGUCUGGUAGAGUUUUACAACAAGGUGGAAAUUCAGAGGCAUUCAGUGAGAGACCUCAUCUUGGAUAUGAAGGAUCACUUGGACUUCUCAACCAUGGAAAUGCUGCAGGGUGUGAAUUCUGUCCUAACAAGGAGCCAAGCCUUAAAAGUGAAACAACCUGAAAUGGUCCCAAGAAAACAGAGAAGGAUCUUCCGAGCUCCAGAUGUGAAAGGCAUGCUGCAAGUGUUUCAAGGGUUCAUGGAUGCCCAACAGUACUGGGUUCACGUGACCCUGUCUCCAGUCCAAGAUAAUAACGUUGUCAUUAAUGAGGACAAAAGACAAAUACGAUGUCAAAAUGGUUAUAGAAGGAAUUUGCAAAUUUCUGAGACCCAAGAUUUAGGCGUCCUUGGAUAUCCAGCUAUCCACUCAGGGAAACAUUACUGGGAAGUAGAUGUGUAUAGAAAUGAUGCCUGGCUUCUGGGAUUAAAUGAUGGAAAAUGUGCUAAACCCCAAAUUCAUGCAGUGAAUGAAAAGGGCAUCAAAGUCAAAUAUACUUCUGAUGAUGAUCCACAUGUAAAUUAUCAGCCUAAACAUGGCUACUGGGUUAUAGGCAUGACGAAUAGGUCUGUAUAUCAUGCCUUUGAAGAGUGUUCUAUCACCCACAAUGCCAGUGUCUUGGUCCUCUCUCUGACUCUUCCUCCCAGUCGUGUUGGAGUUUUCCUGGACAGAGAAGCUUGCACUCUCUCAUUUUAUGAUGUUUCCAACCACGGAGCUCUCAUCUAUAAAUUCUAUGAACCUUCCUUCCCUGAUGCAGUUUAUCCAUAUUUUAAUCCUAUGGAAUCAUCAGAGCCCAUGACAGUCUGUGGACCACCCUCCUAAUCUCUCGCCCAUGUCUGAUGUCUGUUGGAUCUCAUGGGCCUGAGCUUUCUAGCAUCAUUUUCGCUCUUUCUACCUUUGGUCUUUCCGUUUCAGGGACCUUCACUUCUCAUACAAACCAGUGUGGGGUUCUUUUCCUUCAUCCAGUUGUUUGUCAUUCCCCACAUUCCCAAAGAAAUGACUCUGCCCCAUUAGCUAAGACUUCCGCUACCCUCCCCCUC